CGGUCGUCGCCUACCUCCACCCACCUCCCCCUGCUCCACGUCUCCACGUAUAUAGGAGGAGCUCUCCUCCAAUGCGCAUCCCUCUUCUCCCCCACCUCCCCGGCCGCCUGCCUGUUUCACAAUCACAGCAGCCGCCACUGCCCUGCCCAUCAUCAAGAUCGACUCAGCUGAGCAGGUGAGCUGAGGUAGACGAAUAAAGAAGGGCUAACCACCAGCCGGCGAGCCCCACCAGGCGUCAGUCAGCCGCCGCCUCGACCUCGAGUCCCGUCAGCCGUCGGGGAAUUCCUAAACUUAACCGGGCUAUUAUUAAUCCGCGGCUAAUUCCGCGAGGCUUAAAGGCGAGGAGGCCACGUCCCGGAGGCGCGCGCGCCCGGAGGCCCCGAAAGGCCAUGGACGCGUUGAGGUUCGUGCGCGGCGCCGCGCCGCCGCCGCAGCCUCCGGUGGCGCCGGCCUCGGUGCCACCGCCGAUGCCGGCGCAGCAGCGGCGGCACCAGCACCAGCCGCCUCUGCAACACCCGCCGCGCGCCGCGCUGCACGCGCCGCUGCUGCGCCUGUGGCCGCGCGGCGGCGGGGGCGGGGGAGAGAGGCCGGCCGCGGCGGGCGGCGCCGUUCGCGGGGCGGAGCGGAGGAGCCCUCCGCCCGAGGAGGAGCGGAAGGCGGAGGCGGGCGGGCAGGGGCAGGGGAAUUCGAACUGGGUGCUGCAGAUGCUGCGGGUGCAGCCGCGGUGGGUGGAGGCGGCGGACGCGGAGGCCACCGGCGGCGGCGGCGGAGGCAGAGAACCGGAGGAGGAGGCCGGCGGUGGCGUCGAUGAGUGCGCUUCCUGCGGCGGUGGGGGCGAGGGCGAAGGCUGCGCCGUGGGGUACGACGAGGGCGAGGUGUUCGACCGCGCCUCCUUCUCGCGGCUCCUGCGGAAGGCGUCGCUCGGCGAGGCCAAGGAGUACUCCAUGAUGUCCUACCUCUGCAACAUCGCCUACAUGAUCCCCAAGAUUCAGCCAAAAUGUCUCCGGAGGUACAAUUUGCAGUUUGUGACUUCGUCGUUUGAAGACAAGGCCAGAAGUAGCCCUGAUCAGAAGCAGGAGCAUAGCAAUGCGAAGGAUGAAUCUCAAGAUCAAGUAUCUGAAGCUGUCGACAAUGCUGCACUGGCGAGCAAGGAGGAACGUGGUGGCCUUGGAAUAAACCCCUUUGGUGCAUACCACGUCGUGUCAUCCGCUGCAUCUUAUUUGCAUUCCCGGGCCAUGGGCAUUAUGCCAUUUGGUUCUAGGAAUGAUGUCAAGGAUGAUCCGGCUUCCAUCAUGGCAUUUGUGAACGGUGAGAAUGGUGAAGGUUUAACCAUGGACGAAGCCUCAUUUGUGGCCACAACAAAUUCGGUAACUUCCAUGGUUGCGGCGAAGGAAGAGACAAGGCAAGCCGUUGCGGAUGAUCUGAAUUCUUCGAGAUCUUGCCCCUGCGAGUGGUUCGUUUGUGACGAUGAUCAAAACAGCACAAGAUACUUUGUGGUUCAGGGCUCAGAAACAAUUUCUGCUUGGCAGGCCAACCUUUUAUUUGAACCUGUCAAAUUUGAGGAACUCGACGUGCUGGUGCACAGGGGCAUAUACGAGGCUGCAAAGGGGAUAUAUCACCAGAUGCUACCAUACGUGAAAUCCCACUUGAAGAGCUGCGGUAAAUCUGCGAGGUUGCGGUUCACCGGCCACUCCCUCGGCGGGAGCCUGGCUCUGCUCGUGAACUUGAUGCUGCUGAUGCGUGGCGAGGCCCCUGCUUCAGCAUUGCUGCCGGUGAUAACGUUCGGUGCACCGUGCAUCAUGUGCGGCGGCGACCUCCUGCUCCGCCGGCUCGGGCUGCCGCGGAGCCACGUGCAGUCGAUCACCAUGCACCGGGACAUCGUGCCCCGUGUGUUCUCGUGCCAUUACCCCGACCAUGUCGCCAACAUCCUGAAGCUAGCCAACGGGAACUUCCGCAGCCACCCUUGCCUCACAAACCAGAAGCUGCUGUACGCGCCGAUGGGGGAGGUGCUAAUCCUGCAGCCGGAGGAGCGGCUGUCCCCGCACCACCACCUGCUCCCGCCGGACAGCGGCAUCUACCACCUGGGCGGCGUUGGUGCGUCCUUGUCGUCGGGCGCCGACGACGACUCCCUGCCGCAGCUCCGGUCGGCGCUGUCGGCCUUCUUCAACUCGCCGCACCCGCUGGAAAUCCUCAAGGACGGCGGUGCCUACGGUCCCCGGGGCACCGUGUACCGGGACCACGACGUGAACUCGUACCUCCGGUCCGUGCGCGGCGUGGUGCGCAAGGAGGCCCGGCGCGCCCGGGAGGCCGAGCGCUGGCGCUGGCGCCUCCUCCUCUGGUGGCCCUUCGGCGUGCACGGCGUGUCCCCGGGCUCCGGCUUGGGCGGGUUCGUGGACGCCGUGACCGACGCGGCGCGGCGCGCGCACCUGCUGGCCGUGGUGCUGCUGCCCGCGGAGCUGCUCGCCCUCGGCGCGCUCCUCGUCGUGGCUAGACUCCGGUGAUAGGUUCGCGUCGGGCCGAUCCGGCCCCCGUCCGCGCGUUCGUUCUUUGGUUGGUUCGCCGCCGAUAGAUUCAUACACAAUCACACACCGAUUCUUUUGUAACAGAAACGCGUCCUGCAGGACGCAUGUGAAAUGGAAAUAGAAACUUUCUUUCGUUCUCAA